AUGGCUGAGCGGUGGGCCGUCGAGGCCUCAGCCAGGGAAGCCGCCUUUUACGUCUUGAAGUUCCUGUCCGAGUUUUUGCUGCACGGAGCUUCCGAGGACGAGGACGCGUACUUGAGACGGGACGACUGCAACGUCAACCGGCCGAGGGUCAUGUACAUGGCGGCGUUGGUCGUGUGGUGUUAUGGGAUUGCGGUGGAUGCACCGAUCCUGUUGCCGCCCGCUCUGGCGACGGCGGCUGAGCAACGCCGCGAUAUGCUCGAGUUCCUGGGGCGCGUGGGCGGCGUGCGAUCGCUUAUGAUCUACAGGGGAUGCGACGGCGCAAUCGGUGUCUAG